GUCUUCAUCAGCGCAUCUUAGUCACGCCGCUCCCCGCCGUCGGUGACCCGCACACGGACGAACGAGCUCACCUUUUCACUACCUUCCUCCGACCCUACUUUGCUGAACAAUGCACAAGCAGCGCGUCUUCUUUGCCGGAUAAUAAUAGCGUAGGAAAGGGAGGAACGAACUAUAACCCGCCGGUGGUGGUGCUUGUCGGCCGGUGCAAGGGAGCGAGGACCAGCGGAGCAACGAGCGGCCCCGGUAGGUGCGCCACGGAAAUAUGCGCCGGAUGUAAUUUGUCUGGGAUGAGCAUCCCCGUCAUCCACCAUAGACCGAAGGCCUGCCCUUGUUAUUCCCCUUGAUAGGACGAGGAAGUGAUGUCACGCCACCACCACCGCUUCGAACGGGACUACCGGGCACCCUGGGAGCGGCGCGACAUCCGCCUUUCGGGCCUCCACAAUGGAGGAGCCAAUCAUAACUGUGCCUCUGCCGUGGUCAACGGCAACAACCGCCCGGGACUCCUUCCUCUCCCCGUAAUCCCGUCGCUGCUUCCCACACCGACCGCCGUCGUCGUGACGACGUCGAGCGGCGAAGCGGCCGUCAAGCGGGGCAUCGCGGGAUCGGUCGCUCCGGCGUCAUCCAAGGUGUCUCCCGGGGACAACCAAAGCUCGGGCCUGCUGCUCACUCCGGGUGUGAGGUGGGGACAGACGCCCAUCAACCAGCUGACACCCUGGGACACGGACGAGCCGCCGAGCAAGCAGCAUCGAGAUGGCGAGGCCACGGGUCCCGCCUGGGUGGCACCGGUCGCUGCAGUUAGUCAGCCUAGCCUCUUACCCCACACUUACGCCCUCCCCCAUCCGCCCUCCUAUAACCACAGUGUGACGGCACAGUCGCCGAUCAUUGGGGUGACAUCUGUGCCGCCGCCCCAUCAUCAGCACUCCCUCAUGACCGCCCACUUCCAGCUGACACCGCAGUCGACCCCACAGCCGCCUGCUAUGGUGAUGAGCAUGCCAGGACAGCCACCCUACGCCACCGUGCCAUCCAACCACGUGGUACACACGACCCCCCACGGUCUGAUGGGCAACGGCCAUUUGAGCGCCCACCACCCGGGCCUCAUCCAGCUCACCAACGGACAGGGGACUGCCGCCACCGCUGACAAUCAGGAGGGUCUUAACGGUGUGCAAAUGCUUCGGACAGUCGGGAUGGGGAAGUACGAGUUCAGCGAUCCGGGACAUCCCAAAGAAAUGUUGAAGGAGCUCAACCAGCAGCGGCGAGCGAAAGAGUUUACAGACCUGAAAAUAAUUGUUGAAGGCAAAGAGUUUGAAGUCCACCAAAAUGUUCUAGCUUCCUGCAGCUUGUAUUUCAAGGACCUGGUCAAAAGGUCGUCAGGGGAGACGCGUAACGGCGAGAUGCUGAAGCUGAGCAUGAGCAACAUCAGCGCAGAGGUUCUGGAGCAGCUGCUGGAAUUCGUGUACACCGGCUCGCUUGUCAUUGAUUCGGCAAACGCCAAAACGCUGUUGGAGGCCGCCAACAAGUUUCAGUUCAACACUUUCUGCAAAGUCUGUGUCUCCUUCCUAGAGAAACAGCUGACGGCUGCAAACUGUCUUGGCGUAUUGGCCAUGGCUGAAGCCAUGACUUGCACAGAGCUGCACAACAUGGCCAAAGCCUUUGCGCUGCAGAAUUUUCCUGAGGUGGCAGGACAGGAGGAGAUUCUGAGCGUUUCCAAGGAGGACCUGGUGGCCUACCUGUCCAAUGACAGCCUCAACACCAAAGCGGAGGAGUUGGUGUACGAGACAGUCAUCAAGUGGAUCAAACGCGACUCUAGCUCCAGAGUUCAGCACCUGUCAGAUCUGCUGGCAUCAGUACGUCUGCCCUUCAUCCACCCGUCAUACCUGCUUAACGUGGUAGAUAACGAGGAGCUGAUCAAGUCGUCAGAGGCAUGCCGCGACCUGGUGAACGAGGCCAAGCGCUACCACAUGUUGCCGCACGCACGCCAGGAAAUGCAGACGCCCCGCACCAGACCGAGACUCUCUGCAGGUGUGGCAGAGGUGAUCGUCCUCGUGGGGGGUCGCCAGGCCAUCGGGAUGAAUCAGCGCUCCCUGACAGCGGUCACCUGCUUCAACCCUCAGAACAGCAAAUGGUACCCAUUAGCCAGCCUGCCAUUCUACGACCGGGAGUUCUUCAGCGUCAUCUCGGCCGGCGAUAACAUCUACCUAUCAGGUGGUACAGAGUCAGGAGUGAUGCUGUCUGACGUGUGGUGCUACAUGUCCUUGUUGGACAACUGGAACUUGGUGUCCCGCAUGACAGUGGCCCGCUGCAGACAUAACAGUUUGGUCUACGACGGCAAACUCUACGCCAUCGGCGGCCUGGGCGUCUCUGGGAAUCUGGAUCACGUGGAGAGGUACGACACCAUCACUAACCAGUGGGAGACGGUGUCCCCGCUACCCAAGCCGGUACACUCGGCGGCGGCCACGGUGUGCGGCGGCAAAGUGUACGUGUUCGGCGGCGUCAACGAGGCGGGGCGUUCGGCCGGCGUGCUGCAGUCGUACGUGCCGCAAAGUGACGCCUGGAGUUUUAUAGAGUCGCCAAUGAUAGAUAACAAGUACGCUCCGGCGGUGAGUCUGGGCGGGCUUGUGUACAUUCUGGGCGGCGCAUACGCACGAGCCACGACCAUCUACGACCCCGACAAGGGCAACAUCAAAGCGGGCCCCAAUAUGAACCACUCCAGGCAGUUCUGCAGCGCGGUGAUCCUGGACGGCAAGAUCUACGCCACGGGAGGCAUCGUGAGCAGCGAGGGUCCGGCGCUAGGCAACAUGGAGACGUUCGAACCCAGCGGCAACACGUGGACGCUGCUUCAAUCGCUACCUUGCCCGCUCUUCAGACACGGCUGCGUUGUUAUCAAGAAGUACAUCCAAAGCGGAUGAGGCCCACCCUCGCUCAGUGCCAAAAACUAGGGACGCUAUGGACCGUUCGCUCGUUCCCUUCCCUGUGCAGAAUGUACUUCAUGCGCAACCACGCCGGUUGUUCAUCACCCCAUCAACAGGCGCAGGGACCCUCUUAGUAAACCUUUGUUUACUGCUCUCAUUUCCAUUUAAUCCUACACUAGCGAUACGAUGGGAAGGACUUCCAAAGAGGACUAAAGUGGUUGGGCCUCAUCCCAUUUUCCGGAAUAUUUCAUCCCUCGCCGAGGGAAAGAAGCACAAUAAUCACCCAUGACUGUUAUCAUUUUUCUCAUUUGGUUUUUCUAAACACCACAGGUCUCAUUUUAAAGCCGCACGUAGAGUAGAAGAGGCGGCCUUCUGUAAAUACCAGGAAGGAAAAAUAUGUAUAUUUUACAACCCUGAGACAAUUGUGUAUAAAUGUUUUUAGGAAAAAAAAUACAAAAAAAAUUGAUAGGUUGAAUUAAAAAAAAAAAGUGGUACGUCUGUAAAUCUGUAUCCAAAAAAAUAACACAAUAUUACAAAAAGCUAAUACAUAUACCCAAAAAAUAUGAUUUGUCUUGUCUUUCUUGGACAGUUUUUUUUUUGUGCAAUGAAUUUUUCAUUUCUUUGCUAUUUCAGAAAUAGUAAGACCUCACAAGUUUUAUAACAAAA